UCUUCGCUUCCUCUGCUGUUCAAGGAAUAACCACCUCCUAAAGAUAUACCCACCCCUUCUUCCUCUCUCUCUCUCUGUUCAUUUUUUGUUCUGUUUCAGAGGGAGCUUCCGUUUCUGGUCUCCAGAUGUAACGGAGGUUCCUUCACCUCUUCUUUUGUUUUCGGAUUCUAGUUCUCUCAGGAUUUUGAUAUCUUUGUUCUUAUUGUUCUUGGCCAAAUUCGAACUCAUGACUGUCCCAGUGGAGAUUAAAAAUCAACUAGAGAAAUUUCUAGAAAUGGAAAUGGAAAUGGAAAUGGAACUUGGGAAGGAAAUGGAAGAAAUGGGAGGAGAAGGGGGAAUGAAAAUUAAGGGCGUGGAGGGAUAUCCGUGCGAUGAAAACUCGCCUAGGGGUGUGUUUGAGAUUCCGAUUAUGGGGACGGAUUCGGACCAGAGCGAGAGCAGCAGCGGCGGCGGUGGCGACGGUGACGCUGGGGGGAGUCCGACAGCGGCGGAGAAAGCGCUAAUACCGGCGGCUCUUCUCCAAGAGAUCGGUGGAAUUCCAUGGAGGACGAUGAUUGGGUCCAUAAAGAAAAAAACGAUUUGGAGAUUCUCGACGUUUCCUUUACUGGCUGCGGGCUACGAGCUUUCGCGGAAGAAUUUCAAGAGGAAAUUGGCUCGGAUUCGAAGCGCCGAUGAAGGGAUCACCAGCGAUGAUAUUCCGUUUUGCAAACCUUCAUGGAGGAACUAUGGGUUCUCCGAGCUCGCCAUCGCUACCAACAAUUUCAGCCCUGAAAACUUGCUGGGAAAAGGAGGGCAAGCAGAAGUUUACAAAGGUUGUUUCGCCGAUGGCCAAGUCGUGGCGGUUAAGAGACUCAUGAAAAAGGAGAAGGAAAACGAGGAAAGAACUGCUGAUUUUUUAUCGGAACUUGGAAUUAUCGCCCAUAUAAACCACCCGAAUGCUGCACGAUUGCUCGGGUUUGGAAUUGAUGGUGGCCUCUAUCUUGUCCUUGAAUUCGUUCCUUAUGGCAGCUUUGCCUCGUCCCUUUUCGGUGCGGAAUCUCUGCCAUGGAAGAUAAGAUUCAAGGUGGCUGUUGGUGUAGCAGAAGGACUGAACUAUCUGCAUCGUGAAUGUCCUAGACGCAUCAUUCACAGAGAUAUCAAAGCCUCAAACAUUUUGCUCGACGAAAACUACGAACCACUGAUCUCUGAUUUUGGAUUAGCGAAGUGGCUGCCCGAAAAUUGGGCUCACCAUGUCGUCUUCCCCAUCGAGGGAACAUUCGGAUAUUUGGCGCCAGAGUACUUUAUGCAUGGAAUUGUGGAUGAGAAGACUGAUGUUUUCGCUUAUGGCGUUUUGUUGCUUGAGCUCAUAACUGGGCGCCAUGCAGUUGAUUCGAGUCGACAAAGCCUCGUGAUUUGGGCAAAACCAUUACUUGAUAGCAGCAGCUUCAAGGAAUUAACAGAUCCAAAGCUAGGAGACGACUACGAUCAAACCGAGAUGAAACGAACGAUGUUAGCAGCUUCAAUGUGCAUUAACCAUACGUCGUCACUGCGUCCACAUAUGAACCGGGUAGUGCAGCUGCUGAAGGGAGAAGAUGGACCAGUAGAUCAACUAAAACAGAAGUCGUUGAAUGGGGAUCGGUCGCUCCUUUUGGAAGCCUGCGACCUCGAAGAUUACACAAUUAACUCGACCUACCUCAAGGACCUUACUCGUCACAGGGAGCUGGCUUUGGGGUGAAGGCUGCUCUGAUGUUUGUGUUGAAAGUUAUAUAUGAUGAUCAAAUGAUGCCUAUGCAAUUGAGUCCAAAGGCUGAGAUAUUAUUGUUCACACAAGUCGGUGUCCCUUUUAUGGCUCUGUUAUAUGCCCCUCUUUAAGGGCUCUUCUUUUUUUUUUGUCAAAAUGCAUAUAGAGAUGAUAGAAGGGCCGCUUAAAUAUAUAUAAAUGUGUGCAUUUUCGUUGGCAUAAGAGAAACAUAAAUUGUAUAUUGUAUUUUAUAUG